AAAGCCUGCUCCAAACUUCUCAGCUGUUGACAGGCUUGACUUGCUGAGAACACUGGUUAAAUAUAGCACAAGCGAGCUGAGCUCAACAAAGUCAUUGCUGUAACACUGUGUGAAGAGACCAGAAGAGGGGAAAUACAAUCUGAGAACUAAACUGCCAAAGCCUAACACCACCUAGCAACAGUUGAAAAAACUUUUAAACAAAAGUCUGGGUGAGACACAGAGUAUACCUCCUACUUCUCCUGCCUGGGAUUUCUGCGAGAAGCAACUCAGUCCUCUGUUCUCUACCCUAUUUCCUUCAUUCCUUCAGCUACUGGUAGACCUUGAAAAGUGGGAAAAGUUUCUCUCUUUGUGUUCUCCUGGGCUCGAUCAGGCUACUGCUGUGGUAGUACUGUGGGACAAGCUACUGCGAUCUGGCAGUGUAAAGGAUCUAUUCCUAAGUUCUUGCUGACAGGGAGCAGCAGGGACCCCAGUCAGCCCCAGGUGGGAGCAGCAGAGCGAUGGCACAGGGACAGCUCCAUCUUCGACCCCCUCCUACCCCCUCCGGACCUAGAUUCUAGCGAAGCCCCUGCUCUGGAAGCAUCCCUCAAUACAGGUAGGGAUGAGAUCCCGAAACCAAGGUGGAGAAAGCUCGUCUAACGGGCACUUAUCCAAUUCCAAGCCUGUCAUCAGCCAUGCAGAGAACGAAAAACUCCAGGAUGAUGCCAAGAAAAAGAACAAACCUCAUCGGAAGGAAGAUGAGGUCAUGGUUUCAGCAACUGUCAAACGGCACUCAAGAUCACCUGGGCCUAGUGAACGAAAGAACAAGAAGUCCAUAGAGCUCUCUAAAGAGGACUUGAUCAAACUCCUCAGUAUCAUGGAAGGAGAACUGCAGGCAAGAGAGGAUGUGAUCCACAUGCUGAAGACAGAGAAAACCAAACCUGAAGUUUUAGAAGCUCAUUAUGGGUCUGCUGCUCCAGAGAGCGUACUGCGAGUGCUACACAGAGAUGCCAUCCUUGCCCAAGAAAAAUCUAUAGGGGAAGAUGUCUAUGAGAAACCAAUUUCAGAGCUGGACAGGCUUGAAGAAAAGCAGAAGGAGACAUAUCGACGCAUGCUGGAACAGCUUCUUUUGGCAGAAAAAUGCCAUCGCCGCACAGUUUAUGAGCUUGAAAAUGAGAAGCAUAAACAUACAGAUUACAUGAACAAGAGUGAUGACUUCACCAACCUCUUGGAGCAGGAGCGGGAGAGGUUGAAGAAACUUCUUGAGCAGGAGAAGAUCUAUCAAGCUCGUAAGGAGAAAGAACAUACAAAGAGACUUAGUAAACUACGAGAAGAACUUGUCAAGCUCAAGUCAUUUGCACUCAUGCUGGUGGAUGAAAGACAAAUGCAUAUUGAACAACUUGGUCAACAGAGCCAGAAAAUACAAGAUUUAAAUCAAAAACUAAAGGAAGAAGAAGAAAAGCUUAAAAUCAUUACUGCAAAAACAAAAGAGGAUGGACAAAAACUGAUGAAGUUAGAGACAGAACUUGAACACAAAACAUCAUCAUUUUCUCAAGAACAUGAGGAGAUGACGGCUAAACUGGCUAAUCAAGAGUCACAUAACAGACAGCUAAGGCUUAAGUUGGUUGGGUUGACUCGCAGAAUAGAGGAGUUAGAAGAAACUAACAAAAGUCUUCAAAAAGCUGAGGAGGAACUUCAAGAACUAAGAGAUAAAAUAGCAAAAGGGGAAUGUGGGAACUCUAGCUUAAUGGCAGAAGUGGAAAACCUUCGCAAGCGUGUGCUUGAAAUGGAGGGAAAAGAUGAAGAGAUCACAAAAACCGAAUCCCAGUGUAAAGAGCUGAAAAAUAAACUGCAAGAGGAAGAGCACCAUAGCAAAGAGUUGAAACUUGAAGUGGAAAAGUUGCAGAAGAGAAUGUCAGAACUGGAGAAACUGGAAGAGGCUUUCAGUAAAAGUAAGUCUGAAUGCACCCAGCUACACAUCAACUUGGAGAAAGAAAAGAAUUUAACUAAGGAUUUGAUAAAUGAGUUGGAAGUGGUGAAGACUCGAGUGAAAGACCUUGAGGCAUCAGAAAGUAAGUUGGAAAAGGCUGAAAUAAGCUUAAAAGAUGACCUUGCAAAGCUGAAGUCAUUUACUGUAAUGUUGGUUGAUGAACGGAAAAAUAUGAUGGAAAAAAUAAAACAGGAGGAAAAAAGGGUUGAGGGCCUAAACAAGAAUUUUAAAGUUGAACAAGGGAAAGUUAUGGAUGUAACAGAGAAGCUGAUAGAAGAAAGUAAGAAAUUUUUGAAACUGAAAUCUGAAAUGGAGGAAAAGGUGUCUAGUUUGACAAAGGAAAGGGAUGAGUUGAUUGGCAAACUGAAAAGUGAAGAAGAAAAAUCGUCUGAACUAAGCUGCAGAGUUGACCUGUUAAAGAAAAGGAUUGAUGGUAUGGAGGAAGUAGAAAGAGAAAUUACGAGAGGUCGAGCCAGAAAAGGACCAGAGCAUGGUUGUCAUGAGGACAACAAGAUUAAGGAGCUUACCAUUGAAAUUGAAAGACUGAAAAAACGUCUCAAACAAUUGGAAGUGGUUGAAGGAGAUUUGAUGAAGACAGAAGAUGAAUAUGAUCAGCUAGAGCAGAAAUUUAGGACUGAGCAGGAUAAAGCUAACUUACUUUCUCAACAGCUGGAGGAGAUGAAGCUCCAGAUUGCCAAAAACAAAGCAAUAGAAAAAGGUGAAGCAGUGAGCCAGGAGGCAGAGUUGAGGCACAGGUUUCGUUUGGAAGAGGCUAAAAGCAGAGAUUUGAAAGCAGAAGUUCAAGCUCUUAAGGAGAAAAUCCAUGAGCUGAUGAACAAAGAAGACCAACUUUCUCAGCUUCAGGUUGAUUACUCGGUUCUGCAGCAGAGGUUUAUGGAAGAAGAAAAUAAAAACAAGAGCAUGGGACAGGAAGUUCUGAACCUAACAAGAGAGUUAGAGCUUUCUAAGCGUUACAGCCGUGCUCUGAGGCCCAGCAUAAAUGGACGAAGAAUAGUCGAUGUUCCUGUGACAUCCACUGGUGUGCAAACAGAUGCUGUAAGCAGUGAAGCAGCAGAAGAAGAAACUCCAGCUGUGUUUAUACGUAAAUCCUUCCAGGAGGAGAAUCACAUCAUGAGCAAUCUGCGACAGGUAGGUCUGAAGAAACCCAUGGAGCGUUCUUCAGUCCUUGAGAGAUACCCUCCAGCAGCGAAUGAACUUGCAAUGAGGAAAUCGUGGAUACCAUGGAUGAGAAAGAGGGAAACUGGGGCUCAGGCAACUCCGGAUAAAGGAACCCGAGCCCACGGUAGUCCAGCACAUCCUGGGGAGGUUGUCCUUUCUCCAAAACAAGGUCAGCCUCUUCAUAUUCGGGUGACACCAGACCAUGAGAACAGCACAGCUACUUUGGAGAUAACCAGUCCAACCUCAGAGGAGUUUUUUUCAAGUACCACUGUCAUUCCUACUUUGGGAAAUCAGAAGCCACGAAUAACCAUCAUUCCUUCUCCAAAUGUUAUGCCCCAAAAAGGAAAAGGCAGUGAAAGUCCAAUGGGCCCAGACCGUUCUAUGUCUCCCGUCACUAUAACAACAUUCUCCAGAGAAAAGUCUCCAGAGGGAGGGAGAGCACCCUUUGUCGACAGACCUGCAUCACCGAUUCAGAUUAUGACAGUAUCGACAUCCGCAGCACCAACAGAAAUCUCUGUUUCUCCUCAGUCACAAGACACGACCAUGGGAAGGGCCGUCUUCAAAGUUACACCAGAAAAACAAACCGUCCCAACUCCAAUCCGGAAAUACAACACCAACGCCAACAUUAUUACAACAGAAGACAACAAAAUCCACAUCCACUUAGGUUCCCAGUUUAAACGCUCUCCUGGUGCCACGCUGGAUGGUGCAAGUCCUGUGAUAACAGUCAGACCAGUGAACAUAGCAGCCGAGAAGGAAGUUGUCACUGGAACCGUCCUUCGAUCACCCCGGAACAACCUGUCCUCGCGACCUGCAGCGAGCAAGGUGACAAGUACUAUCACUAUAACUCCUGUUACUACGUCUUCCACACGAGGAACACAGUCAGUGACAGGACAGGAUGGGUCAUCCCCGAGACCUACACCCACCCGCAUUCCUGUGUCAAAAGGUAUGAAAGCAGGAAAGCCAGUAGUGGCAGCCCCAGGAGCAGGAAAUGUGACAAAAUUCGAGCCUCGUGCCGAGACUCAGUCUAUGAAAAUAGAACUGAAGAAAUCUUCAGGCAGCAGCUCUGGCUCCCUGGGCGGGGGUCAGGGCUGAUGACGGUGGCUCAGGGGGUAUGGUAUGUUCUGCAGGUGUUACUGCUACCAUGAACUCAGCCCCCUGUCUGUGUUUGCCCAUACUAACGAAGCCCGGUCAUUUACAACAAACUAAUGAGUGUGUGCUUUGACUACUUCAGUAACAACAUCCUUUUGUUUCCUUCAUGAAGGGGGGAAGAAGCCACCAGUAUAUGCCAGGUAUAUGUUCAGCUUGGGAGGUGAGAACGGGCAACCACACCAAGUUAUUAAUCCAGCCCAGGAAUUCUUAAUGAUAGGCUCAAUCAGUUUUAAAUAGAUUGAAGGAAGAUCGGUCACUUUUAACAGAUUGUCUCCCAUCUUAACAGAUCGCUUCCCACCCUGGCUGCUGGGUGGAGCACCUGCCUGUAACCCCAUUUCUGAGCUGCUGCCUUGUCCAGGGAUGCAAUGCCAGGAUGCAGUGCCCUUGAGGUUUUAUUUCAAUAAAAGCUCGUGCCUCAGGUGCAGGAGGGAGAGGCAGAGAGAAAGGACCACACUUUGUGACCAGCCUUCUCUCUAGGAAUCUCUCUUAUAAAUAAGCAUUUCUCACUUGUGAGCUGCUUUCUCAAGGCAGUGACAGAAUCCAAGGGAGUAUGGAGGCUGCACAAUGCAGGCAGCAGCAGCACUAAGCAGCAGUGUAUUUCUUCCCUAGUGGGGUCCACGCUCACAGUCAGUGCUUACAGUGCUUACAGUCAGGGUCUCCAUUCUCUGACUUUGACUGGGUUACUGCCAGCUCUGGAGGCUGGAUGGAGGGAGGCAAGUGAGCCAAAAGGUGUUUAGUCUUUAAAAAGAGCUUCAGAGAAACAUUGAUCUGGCCAAAAUCAAUACAGUCCAUUUUUGCCUGCUCGAAAGACCACCGAAGUCUAUGAAGCAAGUCAUUCAGUUGACUUCAUUAGGUUUGCAGUUUUCCUUGUUGGAUGGACUUGUGCUCUAUAGUUAAACCUGAGUUCCCAGGCAUCCUUAUGGGUGAUGUUAGAGGGGAAGUCAACACAGAUGUUAGAGGGGAA